UAAGCGCAAUCAACGCGAGUAGUACUACGCACCAAUAGAACUUGUUCGUAAAGCCACCUAAGCAAUAAGGCCGGUGCGUACGGUACGAGCUUCCCCAGAGUAGUAGUAGUAGCCUUCGAGAUAUACUUGCCGUUGCCACGUGACAAAGACAAAGUUCCCACGUUUCACCGCUCUUAUUGGUGCUUGGAAAUAUCAAAUUUGAAACCAUUUGCCACUAUCUCCACCGACGUGAUUCUUGGAAGAAUCAACUUUAAUCGGAAGAAAACCAAAGGAAGGAUAGACAUCUGUUUGGAAACAUGGAUAAACUAAACCUCGAAAUUUAACACCCUGUUUGGUUUAAAGUUUAAAAUCGUUUAUUGACUUUCCCGCGGUUUAUCGUUAUUCUCUUUUUCUUUUCCCUCCAAAUUGGGAAAACUAAACUACCCUGAAACUAUCGAUCAUGGAGGCUUGGGUACCGCUCUUCGAUAUUUUCCUCAAUUCUCCGGUACCGGAAUCGGAAGCUUCACAGUGGUUCCACCGAUCUUUCAAUGCCUCAUCAGCUGCGACGGUACCAAUUACCACAGCCUCAUUCGUCUCGUUGCUAAUGAAACCCUUGGAUGCCAUUGUUGUGGACGAAUCCGAGUGCGCGUCGUCUUCUUCUUCCACAAGAAGGGUCAUCUAUGUACAAACUCUCCCGAACAUGGUUCAGGCUAGAAUUUUCUCUUUUCUAGCUGUGGAACACAAGCGAUUUUGCCGGCGGGAUUUGUGUAAUUUGGCACGGAUUGUUUUGAGUGACAAUCAAACGCUUGAUUUUUGGGUUGAGAGAGCUGCCCGCCACCUGCUUGAUGCGGUGUCUGAGUUGAAUUAUGAGUGGAUUUCGUGCCUAAACUUGGAUUCUGGGGAGGAGGAGAGUACGGAAGAUGAGUUUGAGUCCUUGCCGAGUUGGCUUAAGGAUGCUACUGGUAGCAGUGAAUUGCUUCCAUGGCUUCCUAUAUCUCUUGAAGAUUUGAAAUCAUGGUCCUUGUGUGGAGGUUCUGGUAAAAAUAAUGAUACUUUGGAUCAAGUAGCUGCGGACGUAGAACAAUUUAUGGAUGAAAAAGCUGAAAAAGAUGAGAUUGAUGAUUCCCAAUGUAAGAAUUAUUCUGUUGGGCCUGAAAUUCACAACAAGGCACUUAAUCUGAAAGCUCAGAUUAUGAACUUCGAAUCAACUACAAAAGUUGUAGGCCUAGCUAAUGAAAUUCGAGAGCUUUGCACUGUUAGAAAAGGAGAUUCUUCACUUGUUUUGGAGCUGAUCGAACCUUGGCUCGCAGACAAUGAAACUGCUUCUGUUUUGAUUUCUCAACUUUCGUAUGGAAGUGAAGAAGAGUUAACUUGGCCAAGCCAGGUUAUCUGCUCCAUCAUUCUUCCCAAGUUUUUGGUUCUUAAAGAACCAGCUCCUCGUGUCCUACUGGCUGCAACAUUAGAAUUUUGCAAGCUCCAUCAGAAAACCGCUGUAUAUGCUCUCUUGCUUCCGCUGAUCCUCUAUAAAAAUGGCAUCAACAAUCCAAUAUGUGAUGUUAUCACUAGGGUCAUCAAGGAAUGCUUGCACCCAGCUCAUGUUUCUGCUUUCUGUCAGAAGCUGCUCUGUAGUGGAAAGGAUGAGAGAGGAGUCAUCUGCCUUCCUUGCCACCAGCAUCUCAUAUCAGACGAAAUGGUAUGGACAGAAUCAUUGUUUAACCUGUUCCAGAGCAUUUUAAAUCAUAAUGUAUGUUUAACUCAGGAUUCGGUUGAUCGUAUUCUUUAUCAAGUUCAUCAUUUAGCUGAGAGAUUUUCCAAAUCUUUGAAAUUUGGAAACUUUUUAUUAUGUUUAGUAACUAAAUGUUCUCCACUAUUGAAGUCACACAAAAGCCUUUUGACUGAAGUGGUUGAGAAAACCAAUACCCUUUUGACAAAAUCUAUAUUAUCUAAAUUGACAAGUAUGUAGCACUACAUUUUUUUGGGUUCUUUAGCUUCAGUCAAUUGGAAAAUAUGCACUUUACUUCAUUUUUACUCCUCAUUCGAAUGCUACUUUUAAAAACAUUUUAGCUCUGGAACUAUUCUGUGGAGAAUUUUUAUAACCUAGCCAUAAUGUCUUGUUUAAUGUGUUUACUUAGAUAUUUUCUCUGUGCUGUGUUCAUCAACUUUUGGAUUUAUCUAUUUUCUAAUGAUCAUUGACUGGAAUUUAUUCGUGAACGUCAUACAUACAAAUAUAUUGUCAAUGAUUCGGAAUAGGUCGAGCUUUUAGUGUUAUAUCUUGACAAUGUGGAGGGAGAAAGGAAUUUGUGUCGAGUUGGAAUUUUAACUUUAGAUAGGCUCAGAAGUGUCCAGGAAAUGAAGUCCCUUUAAUGGUUUGAUUAGUUGUCAUCAAUUAAUAUUAAUAAUAUGUUGGUAAACUUUAGAUGUUUCUCAAGGUGAACAUAUUGAAUUUGAACUGAAAACGAUAUAAAGAGUUAAAACAUAGUGAUAUAAUAUAUAUUAUAUUAAUUUUAUAGAAGAAAAUCUAUCAAUAUGCCACUGCAGAAGGUGUAAAUAAAAUAAUUAUUUUUAUAGGAUCAAGAGAUCAAAGAAGCGACAUGAUUGAAGCUGUGAGACUGACCUGGUAUAUGAGUAGAUAAUUGUAUAACACAGUAGUCUGUUGACAUAAGCUACUUGAUCAAUUUAUCAUUCUAAUGGAUAACAAUUAUCUUUGUUUGUUCAGUGGAGUGGACUAUCAUAAUUCAUUCAUAAGUUUUUAAUUAAUUGUACGUGAUAGAAGUAGAACACUCGAGAAAUAUAAUCUUCACUCAUGACAAAACAAAACAAAA